AUGGACUCAUUGCAGAAAAACCACACGUUAACCUCUGAAUUUAUUAUCCUGGGCUUUGGCAACCUGGCUGAAUUACAAAUCUUCUUUUUUGGGCUCUUCCUAAUCAUGCAUGUUGUCACUAUAGCAGGGCACACAACUAUUGUGUUUAUUACCUUCACAGACUCCUGUCUCCAGACGCCCAUGUAUUUCUUCCUUCGAAACCUGUCCAUCAUUGAAAUUUGUUAUAUAUUGGUUAUUGUCCCAAACAUGCUGGCCAAUAUCCUGUCCAGGGGCCAACGGAUGCCCUUCCUGGGCUGUGCCCUGCAAAUGCACCUCUUCAUUGCCCUGGGUGGGGCAGAGUGCUUCCUGCUGGCCGCGAUGGCCUAUGACCGCUUUGUGGCCAUCUGUAAGCCCCUGCGCUACACACUUAUCAUCACCAAGGCCCUCUGCCUGCAGAUGCUAGCUCUGGCAUGCGUCAGUGGCUUCACACUCUCACUCACCCUAACCACGCUGAUAUUCCUCCUGCCCUUCUGUAACUCCCAUGAGAUCAAUCAUUUCUUCUGUGACAUCCCUGCUGUGCUAUUCCUAGCCUGCUCAGACACACGAGUCAAUGAGAUUGCAGUCUUCCUUGUCUGCCUGAUCAUCCUGUUGAUUCCCUUCUUGCUGAUCUUGAUUUCCUAUGCAUUCAUCAUCACAGCCAUCCUCAGGAUGCACUCGGCUGAGGGCAGGAACAAAGCCUUCUCCACCUGUGCGGGGCACCUGCUGGUCUCUCUUCUGCACUAUGGCUGCGCGAUCUUCAUCUACAUUCGCCCCAAGUCAUGCUAUGCCCCGGAACAGGACAAAAUUGUGUCCUUAAUCUACACCAAUGUAACCCCUAUGCUCUAUCCUAUAAUCUACAGCCUGAGGAACAAGGAAGUCAAGGGUGCCCUCAGGAGACUCCUGAAGAGUUGCAACUAG